GCUGAGGGUACGCCGGCCGCGGCGAUGGGGUCGGAGGGCGUAGGGCUGGUGGACUGCCACUGUCACCUCUCCGCGCCGGACUUCGACCGCGAUCUGGAUGAUGUGUUGGAGAAAGCCAAGAAAGCCAAUGUUAUGGCUCUUGUGGUGGUUGCUGAACAUUCAGGAGAAUUUGAAAAGAUUAUACAGCUUUCAGAAAGAUAUAAUGGGUUUGUCCUGCCAUGCUUGGGUGUUCAUCCAGUUCAAGGACUUUCACCAGAAGACCAAAGAAGUGUCACAUUAAAGGAUUUGGAUGCAGCUUUGCCCAUUAUCGAGAAUUAUAAGGAUCGAUUGUUGGCAGUUGGAGAGGUGGGACUAGAUUUCUCCCCCAGAUUUGCCAGCACUGAUGAACAGAAGGAAGUGCAAAGACAAGUCCUAAUCAGACAGAUCCAAUUAGCCAAAAGACUAAAGUUGCCUUUAAAUGUGCACUCACGCUCAGCUGGAAGACCCACCAUCAGCCUCUUAAAAGAGCAAGGUGCUGACAAAGUGCUGCUACAUGCUUUUGAUGGCCGGCCAUCUGUAGCCAUGGAAGGAGUAAAAGCUGGAUACUUCUUCUCAAUUCCUCCUUCUAUCAUAAGGAGUGGACAGAAGCAGAAACUUGUGAAACAGUUGCCUUUAACCUCAAUUUGCUUGGAAACAGAUUCACCUGCACUAGGACCAGAAAAACAGGUACGGAAUGAACCCCGAAACAUUUCCAUUUCAGCGGAAUAUAUUGCCCAGGUGAAAAGAAUCUCAGUGAAAGAAGUCAUAGAAGUGACAACACAGAAUGCACUGACGCUGUUCCCCAGGCUUCAGCACCUGCUCCAGAAAUAGCUUCAAAACCAAAUCAGCUGCAGGGGGCAGCUGGUUAAUAGUCUGAACUGAAGAAUCCAUUAUACAGGGAUUGAGAAGAUUAUACAUUUAUUUAUUUUAUUUUUCUUCUUUA